GGACCCCCCAUCCUCCCCCACUGUCCCUGCAUUGUGUGCUCUCACUCCCUAGCUAUCCCCUUUCCAUCUUCUCCAAAACUUUUCCAAACGAUCCGAAGAGGAUGGGCUCAAUCAAGAGGCAGGAGUACUCCUUCGACGACGAUGACGACAAUUUCUAUGUCCAGGAUGAUGAUGACCUUCUAGAGGCCCCGACCCUCAGCAGCGAGCAAAUGGCGCGCGCCAGGGAGGAAGCUCUGUACGUGCUGAAAACCAAGUCCCCUGAAGAGGCUUUCAAGAUUUUCACCGAGGGUUCCUUUUACAAAAUUGACGUGCCACUAUUGGGACCGGAGCAGGAGGGCAAGGCCCCGACCACCGCAACGCCUCCAACAGCCCCCUCCAACGGGAAGGAGCAUCCCCAGACCACUAUGGCUCCGGCUAGGAAGUGAGUCAGCAUGAGCAAUCCGGUCGCUUCAAGAAGUUAUAGUAACUGCCCCCGUCGUAGUAGCGUCCUGCCCAUCUGAUCAUGCUGAACCAUGAAUAAUUGUGUGUUUGUUUGUUUGUGAGCCUAAGAGGGACCUGUAUUCCUAUUUCGUGAUCCAUCGAAUGAACCAACCAUUUCGUUUAA